AUGGCGAAAUCAGCUUCCGAUAUUAUUCGCCCUAAGCGAGAGUUGAAGGUGCUGUCAUUAGGCAUGACACGUACUGGUUCAGCUUCAAUAACCCAAGCUCUUGAAAUGCUGGGAUAUCAAGGCGUACACCAUGGGAUUCAAGCGCUCAGCUCGCCUCUCGAAUGGCAGCUUUUCAACAAGGCCUGUGACUCUUUCUUUCCUACUCUUCCGACAUACACAGGAGCACUAUUUACACGCGCUGAUUGGGAUAUUCUUUUUGGACCGUACGAAGCCGUCACUGAUAUGGGAUCCUUCUUCGCCAUGCAGCUUAUUGAGGCGUACCCAGAAGCGAAAGUGAUCCUGGUAGAGCGCGAUAUCGAUGCAUGGUAUGACAGUAUGGAAGAGGCGAUCUUCAGCACCACAUGGGGACUGCGUGCGGACCUUGUUAUCAAUGUACUGGGACCGCUGUAUGGGCUGAAUGGCGGCAAGACAAUUCGCAAAAUCAUGCUGGGGUAUUACGGCGUGCAAAACGUGAAUGAAAUGCGGCGAGUGGCCAAGGAACGGUACAAGCAACACUAUGCCGAGAUUCGAGCUGCAAUUCCCAAAGAGCAAUUGCUUGAAUUCCGCUUGGAAGAUGGCUGGGAGCCACUAUGCGAGUUUCUGGACAAAGAAGUACCUAAGGUUCCAUUUCCCACAAAGAACAAGAGAGAGGAGCAUGUGAAGCGGGUUAGGCAAAAGCAGAAUUUGUUCUUCAAGCACGUUGCAAUAAGAUUUGCCAAGAAAGCAGUACCUUGUAGUGUGGUUGUUGGGGUCAUGGGCUUGUUAGUCUGGAAAAGCAGGUCGCGGGACCAAUGGAUCGCAACACUGGAAUUGCUCAAAAAGACAAUGUUAGAUCGACGGUGA